ACCAUUACAUAACAAACCAAGAAUAUAGUUACUCAUGUCAAGAAGUGUUAGCGUUUUAGGGUCAUUUUUUAGGUCUUUGCGAACUACAAUCACGGGRAAUUCAAGUGCUUUACCGUUAGGAAUUCAUCGUCCUUCGCUGGUCASCAUGAAGGACGUCAAGACGAAGACAGCAACUUUUGCAAUGAGCUGAUUUUGGUUCCCCGAGGCACAGUUCGGAUGUGCUGAUGGCGUCGUCCGAACUAAAGUUGGUUACACGGGCGGUAAAAAGCCUAAUCCAACGUACCACAGCCUUGGGGACCAUACAGAAACAGUCCAACUGGAAUAUAACCCAGAUCAGACAACUUACAGAAACCUUCUAGCAUSUUUUUGGGCAAAUCACAACACAACAACAUGCCAAAAGAAUCAGUAUAUGUCAGCAAUCUUUUAUCAUGAUGAAGAACAGAAACAAGAAGCUGAAUUGACAAAAGCAGACCACCAAAAGAAAGUCAAGGCUCCAAUUGUAACAAAGAUCCUGCCUGCAGAAACAUUCUAUGAUGCAGAAAAUUACCACCAGAAAUACUUACUGAGGCAAAGUCCCAAUGUGCUAGCAAGUCUAAGUCUAAAUAACGAAGAGCUCAAGAAUUCUUACAUUGCAACUAGACUCAAUGGCUACUUGGGUGGAUAUUCUAACUUGCAGAAGUUUGAUGCAGAGGCAGAGAAACUUGGAUUAAGUGAAGAACAAGUUGAAGCUGUCCGUAAACUUGUAGCUUACAGAAGCAACUAGCAUUUUUUGGAGUUUGAAUUUACCAAUGUGUUUGUUCAUAAUUGUUUUUGMCUGUUUAAAUCACACUUGGAUGUUAUCUUUCUUUUAAUGAAAAUCCAUUUCAAAGGCACAACAAGCAACUGACAGUAUAUUGUAUGUUGUAUUAUGAAGUGUUGUGGAUCAAACUACACACUGCAACACUGAUGUCAAAACAGCAUUUUAUUGUGAAGUUGACUUGUGUUUUAUUUUAUACAAAAAUAAUUCUAAAAAGUCUAUGUACAUAGUACUAAGGGUCAAUCCUUCCUGAUAAAUUUAAAUUCGAAAAAUAAAUUAUUUGAUUUAGUUGCAGCAAACAGCAUAGUCCUCAAAGUUUAGUUGUCAAAUAAUACUAUCUUUGCAGAUCUGAAAAUAUGCACUUCUUUCACUGAUAACACAGUCUAUUGUAAUUGGGAUUUUGUAGAGCAUCUAAUUACAUAUAGGAAGCAAUAUUGACUAAAGUUCAAAAGCUCAAAUUAAACCUGUUAUGUACACAAUAAAGCUGAAUGAUAUUAAAAAGGUAUUAAGCUSCCAUGUCACCUA